AUGUUAAAGGCAGAGGGAGCGGAAGAUCAUCUCUGCACAACAGGGGUGGUCCGUUUACAUAUCAACAACUGGCUGGAAGUGAGUUUCUGCCUGCCUCAUAAAAUCCAUUAUGUUGCCACAAACUUCAUACCCCCUGAAGCAAUUGAGAGAAGCCUGAAAUCUAUCAGGCCUUACCAUGCCUUAUUACUUUUAAAUGAUGAGAAAUCAUUGCUUAAUGAGCUCCCGUUGGACUGCUCUCCUGCCCUGGUGAGAGUAAUUAAAACUACCUCUGCUGUGAAGAAUUUGCAGCAACUGGCUCAAGAUGCUGACUUGGCAUUGCUGCAGGUUUUCCAGCUUGCUGCACAUCUCGUAUACUGGGGAAAAGCAAUUAUUAUUUAUCCGCUGUGUGAAAACAAUGUCUACAUGCUUUCUCCAAAUGCCAGUGUCUGUCUUUAUUCUCCAUUAGCAGAUGCAUUUUCAUGUCAGUUCCGGGGCCACAACCUGCCGUCGAUGCUUUCCAAGUUCUCCCUCCCGGUAUCACUCUCAGAGUUCAAGAAUCCUCUUGCACCGCCCGUCCAGGAGACUCAGCUCAUUCAAAUGGUGAUAUGGAUGCUCCAGCACCGGCUUCUUAUUCAGCUUCACACUUAUGUCUGUCUGAUGGUGCCACCAAACGAGGAGGAUUUCCGAGCCCAAGAUGAAGACAUGCCCUUUACCGCCAGAGUUGGAGGCCGAAGUUUAAGCACCCCCAAUGCUCUCAGCUUUGGUUCUCCAACUAGUAGUGAUGACAUGACUCUGACAAGCCCUAGCAUGGAUAAUUCCAGUGCUGAGUUGAUACCUGGUGGGGACUCACCCCUAAAUAAAAGGAUGACGGAGAAUCUCCUAGCAAGCUUGUUGGAACAUGAGCGGGAAGCUAUUCUUAAUGUCCCUGCUGCCCAAAAUCCAGAAGAUCUUCGGAUGUUUGCAAGGCUGCUGCACUAUUUCCGAGGUCGACACCAUUUGGAGGAGAUCAUGUACAACGAGAACAUGCGUCGCUCCCAGCUGCUGAUGCUGUUUGACAAAUUCCGCAGCGUGCUGGUGGUGACCAGCCACGAGGACCCCGUGAUUUCAGUUUUUCAGUCUCUCUUAAAGUGACUCUACUGGCAAAGGAAGGGAACCUGCUACCCUCUCCAUAGGGAUCGUCUAAAAGAGGCCUA